CGUUCCACUUGAUUCCUCUGUCUGCCAACAGUCAGCUAAAAUGUUGGCAAUCCUGUGUAUGCUGUGUUUAUACCUAUAUAAUCCGGUUUGUGGCGUUUUACAGGAACUUUACUGCACAUUAUUAGAUAGCUGUGACUGCGAUUUUAAACCCAGAAUUAGAGACCUGGAGUGGGACCUCUACAAGAAUGUUUAUGGACAGCAUCUGGCCCAGGACAUCAUUUCAGAGGAGGUGGGGCGGUUCCUUCAGAAUAAAAGCCCUGAGCGGCCCCUGGUGCUGUCCUUCCAUGGCGCCUCUGGAACUGGAAAGACGCUGGUCAGCUCCAUGCUGGGAAAUCAUCUGUAUGGCUCGGCGAUGAGCAGCCCGUAUGUCCACCAAUUUGUUCCCACGCUGCAUUUCCCUUCACCUGACCAGGUCAAGGACUACAGGGAGGACUUGAAGAGCUGGGUGCAGGGGAACCUGACAGAGUGUGCUCGCUCUGUCUUCAUUUUUGAUGAGAUGGAGAAGAUGCCUCCAGGUCUCAUUGAUGUCUUGGAGCCCUUCCUGGGUCCCUCCCACGUUGUAUUUCGCACCAACUACCGCAAGGCCAUCUAUGUCUUCAUCAGCACCACAGGAGAAAAGGUGAUUAACAAAAUGGCACUGGAGAACCGGCAGGCUGGACGGGACAGAGAGGAGAUCAAGCUUGCCGACUUGCAGGAAGCCAUCGCACAAACAGUGUACAACAGCAACACAAGUGGCUUCUUCCACUCCAGCAUCAUCCAACAGAAGCUCAUCACCCGCUUCGUUCCCUUCCUGCCGCUGAGUCGACGGCACGUGGAGCGCUGUGUCCACUCACAGCUCUGUCAACGGGGCAUCUGCGCCCGGAAUGACGUGGUUGAGGCAGUAGGGCGCGACAUGAUCUACACUCCCGUCCAGGGACAAUACUUUUCUUCUACCGGCUGUAAGGCUGUCCCUGCCAAAAUCAACCUCUUCCUGUGAGUCGAGGGGGCAGCUGUUCAUGAUAUUUUGGGAAUGAAAGGAAAACCCCUUCUGAGGUGAGUUAAUGAAAACAAACAGCUCUCUGAGUCCGUCUCGGCCAGUUUCUCCAUCAUGGAGGUCAGAGCAGCAUCUCUGGAGGGAGCAGGGAUUCAGAAUCGAGGACGUCUCAUGCACUUGACAUCGAAUGAAUUCAAAGCAGUUUUGUGCCAUCAGUGGUGAGUUUGCCUGACGACGUCGCUGCUGGAGCAUUCGGUACAUGUCCAACUGUGAGCACAGGAUGGUUUAUUCCCUGAGGAUUGUUCAGUGUCUAAACCAGGAGUCGUACCACACUGUAUUUCAAACCCAACUCUGCCUUUUCCUACGUGAACUCUUGAAUUGGUACAGUGUGGCUUCAGAUUUCAGCUGCAGUUGUGAAGGUCAUGAAUUAAUUUGUUUUAAAGUCUAUUUAUCCAGUAUUUAUUUCUUAAUACCACCCUCUUUUCACUUGUAUACAGUCACACUGUUCACUGCGGGAAGCUUCCAGUUUGCCCACAGGAAGACAAGGAGGAAGGAGCUCAGCCUCUGAAGCAAACUUUCAGUUUUGACUUCUUUCAGGUUCAGAGUUUUACAAAAAGGGAUCAGCAAUUUUUUUUUACUUUUGGGGCAGGGGGGUUUGAUCUUUAUGGUCAGAGUUGCAAAGAAUAGCAGUUAAAAGAAGGAGUUUUAAUUUUGUUUUGUAUCUCAUACUGUAUCUCCAAAAUUUCAACUUUUCAGAGAAAAAUGUAUUUUAGGUUGCUGGUGAUGCAUUUCUGGCUUUCUUUUCUCUUUUUUUAAAGAGAGUGUAAAGUGAACUCAGCUUCUUGGAAAGUGUAACAAAAAAAAAAAAACACUAGAAUAAGAAAUACAAGGUUUUCACUUUGAGUGAUUGCAAUAUAGUUCCAUGGACCAAUACCUAGAUUGUGCCAUCGCUGGUUUCCACCAAAUCUAACCAAUAUAAUAUAACAAGUUUACAAUAAUUACAAUGAUAUCUACCAAUACAAGUCCUUAAAUAAGAAUUGUUUCAUAACUGAAAUAUAACUCCCUCAGUAAUUGUUUCUUUUGACUUCAUUCAGCACCUUUUAGCUUUUCUCUAAAUAAUGAACAUAACAGCAUCCAUCAAAAUACAUUCAGUAUGUACUGAAAAUGUACAACGUCUUGAAGUGUUUUUCUUCUAGAAGGCUGCAUCGAGAUUCAAGUGAUACCAUGGUACUGUCUAAAGAGUGCCAUGUCCAUUUUUAAAAAAUGGAAGCCUGAAACAGAAGAUGGAUUUUCCGUGAAAAUAGUGUCACUUUGCUACCGUCCAGAAGGGUUGACAUUGCAUUGGAGCACAUCAUCAGUUCUGCCAUCAGGUGGCAGUAAAGACUUCAUUUGGCCAAGAGUGGAAGAGGUGAAGCAGAAUUCACCUGCAGCUCAGUGCAUCUUAAUUCUGUUCAUUCUGUUUUGUUUCUUUAAUGUAAAAUGUUCUGGCCAAAGUGCACUUUACUUUUAUGAUGGAGAAAAUGGACCUGAUGUUGUAAUGACGUGAAGAAGUUUGUCUCACUCUGUCUUUGUGAAGGCAAAGUAUGCAAUGAGAAGUCAGUAGUCAUCUGCCAAAAUGAAUACUUAAAUUGUCACAAGUUUGAAUUGUUCUGACCAAUUAAUGAAUGGCAACCUUACGCUAUAUGUGGAAUUGAAUGGUGGCUGUGUCAGACCAGCUGCAGCAAGUCUCAAUUAAAACGCAGUGAAAAUCAAGCUUAAUUGAUUUUACAAGUGCAGUACAUGGAGGUGAUUUUUCUCAUUGGAGCAAAGACACAGGGGCACAGUAACCUUUAGUAAGCCUUCUUACUAUUCAGCCAGUGUUGUGUCAGGUUUUAGAUUGAUUUCCCUCCUAGUACACAAAGAUGGUCACCUCUGAACCUCACCAGACUCCAUGCAAAUAUCAGUUGUUUCUGGCAGGUAGGUUUCACUGUGUUCAGAGGCCAGGCAGUGAGUGUAUUAUCAGUGGUAAUCAGACUUUUUGCCCUGCCGUGGGAAAUGGACAAUCUCCCUUUCAAGCCACAAAAGUCACUAUCAGAAGCGGCCAUUAUUUUUAGGGUUGUUUGUGUCUGUUUUUUAAGCUUCCGGCAUCUUCCAGUGCUACAUGACCACUGAAUUUCCAGUUUGAGCCACGGAAGUGCCUGGAUGCUGGUGACUGAAGCUUACUCUAAAGCCAAAUGCAGCUUCUGUUUAAUAAAGUGAAAAUAAAAAAAAUAGACAGCAAAACAGUUCUGUUCUCUUUCAGACCUGUCAAGAGAAAUGUCCAAUAAACACACCACAGUGGCACGCCAAAGUUUGGGCACCCCUGGUCAAAAUCUCUAUCACUGUGAAUAGUAAAGGGAGUAGAGGAUGGAGUGAUCUCUAGAAGUAAUAAAGUUAAGGUCCUCCUCAACAUUUUAACUGAGAAAUGGCAGUUACAGGAACAGUUGAGGUCAAAUUGAGUUCUAGAGGACCAAGAACUUCCUGAGAGAGCUCGGAUUGCUAGAAAGGCAAAUCAAACUGCCAGUUUGACUGAGUCUGAUACAUUUUGGAAAUAAGUCCUGUGGACUGAUGCAGUUCAAACAGAACUUUUUGGUAUGUUUUGAGAAAAAAUGGUGCAGAAUUUAUGAAAAGAAGACCCUUCUAACAGUUAAGCAGGACCAAUAAGCCUAAACUUCCUGGAAAAUCUGAUAGACCUCUAAAGAGCAGUGCAUGCAAGACAGCCCAAGAAUCUCUCAGGUCACAGGUCAUCCUUUACUCACUCAGCUUGUCACAGCAACAGAAAUUUGACAGAGGGUACCCAACCUUUUGCAUGCCACUGUAUAAGAUGUUUCUGUCUACACUGUGGUUGUGAUUUUCUCUGCACUUUGAUUGAAAUGAUCAUUUUAAAGAAGUGCUUGUACUGUACAGUUUCAUCAUUCUGUUUAUUUUCUCUAUAAACAGUUUUUCUCCAUAUUUUAUCAGAACAUUUGUAAAGUAGUUUUGGAAUCACUCUGCUGAUUCGAAUAAUUACAUUUAGUUCAGUUUAAAGAUCACACAAGAUGAAAAACUAGCCUAUACAGGCCCUGCACUGUGGUCAUAGUUCAGCACCCACUUAGUUACAACAGUUACCAGAUUAGGUUUUAUAGCUUCCGUGGUCUUUUCAUCAAGUUUUAAUGCAGAAGUAGCCAGCUGUGUGUCACAGCUGAAGUUAGAGCAGCUACUGAUUCAGUCCGUGACAGCUUCAGUAUAGGCAAUUCAGUUUAAAGAUUUGUUGUUAAAAAUUCUUUUGUACAUGUAGUGAACUCCUGGUGGGAUCAAGGGUGUUGUGAGGAGGUCGGGGUGGUGGGUUAGCAUCAUUACAGUGCACACACAAGGUGAUAAUCAACAAUCUUUCUGCAGAACAACUCACCCCAUCUUUACUUUAAAGGUAUAAUAUGUAACAUUUCUGCUUUAAAGUGUCUAAACACGACUAUACCUCUGUUACAUAUUUUGUUGAGUUGUGUGCUUACAAUAUCCCAAAUGUUUCCCACAAUAUUCAAAUCCAUAGAAUUGUGAUUUUAUUCAAGGUUUCAUUUGGUUGUCUGUCAAUGGCGUCAUAUCCCCUUUACUUCCUGUAGUUGCUAUAACUUCUGGGAAAACCCGUGAAACAACAGAUGAUACCUGAGAGAG